CGACUGUACUAGUCACUAUGUGUCAGUAUCUUAGUCUGUCUGGUAUAUGAGUAGACAGUCGCAAUUGAUAGUCGUUCGAGUGAAAUUCUCGGAACGUUGGAGCUCUUAGUAUCCGUUCAUUCCUUUUCAGCAAAAAUGAUUGUGCUCGCGAUUUCGACUCUUGUGUUUCUGGUAGUUCUCUAUUUCUACUUGACGAGAAAUUUUAACUACUGGCAGAAACGUGAAAUACCUAUUGCGGAUGGAGUCUUGCCCGGCUUUGGCCACAUGAAGGACAUUCUUUUAUUAAAGAGCACUAUCUCCGAGACCCUUCGCAAGAUCUACAAGGAAAACAAGAAUCGCAGUAUGGUAGGAAUCUACAGCAUGUCGACGCCGUCGUUGCUGAUUUUGGAGCCAGAGCUGGUGAAAACAGUGCUGCAAACGAAGUUUGUGAAUUUCCAUGAGAAUUACCUCAAAACCGAUCCCAAAUUGGACCCUCUUCUGUCGAACAAUCCCUUUUUCACCUACGGUGAGAAGUGGCAGACCGGGAGAAAGCGCUUGACAUACGCGUUCUCCAACGUGCGUCUAAAAAUUCUGUUCGAGACCGUCAAGCAAGUGUGCUUGAAAUUAGAGGAGUACAUGGAUAAUAAGAUAGGCAAAGCUGGAAGAGCGGAGUUUCUGUUUAAUCGAUUAUUCGCCCAAUUUACUGCGCAGGUGGUAUCUACCGUUGGCUUCGGCAUCGACGGCUUGUGCUUCGAUGACAAUGAGAAGGAGUCUCUCUUCGAGAUGGGGAAUGUCUUUGUCAAGCCGAGUACUUUUAACCACUUGCUGUUUAACCUCGUGUUUCUUAUACCAACGAUAGGCAAACUUUGUCAAAGUAAAUUCUUGCCGCAGAACAUCGAUCAUUUCUUCAGAACAAUGGUUAGGGACGUUUUACACCAAAGAAGAAAACAGGGGAUACGCGGAAACGAUUUUCUCCAAUUGAUGGUCGAUCUGGAAAAGAUGGAGGGUGAAGAGUUUGAAAUGGACGUCAUCGCGUCCCACGCAGUGUCGUUCUUCAUCGACGGCUACACCACCUCCAGCUAUACUUUAAGCUUUGUCGUCUUCCACUUGGCUAAUAAUCCAGAAGUGCAAAAGAAAUUACGCGAGGAGGUAGUCUCCGUGAUUAACAAAUACAAUGGUGAGCUUACUUUCGAGGGAAUAAAAGAUAUGACAUACCUGGAAAAGGUCAUAAUGGAAUCAAUGAGGGUCACACCCUCGUUGGGAUUCCUAUACAAGGUUUGUACGGAGGAUACCGAGUUGGCAGGGUCCGACGGACUCGUCUGUCACGUGAAAGCUGGAACUCCCAUUAUGAUAUCCGUCAGAGGACUGCACGAAGAUGCCCGGUACUGGGAGAAUCCUGAAGAGUUCGAUCCCGACAGAUUCAGCGCGGACAGAAAGCACAGCAUAAACAGAUUCACUUAUAUUCCCUUCGGCGAGGGACCGCGAAUGUGCGUAGGAAUGAGAAUGGCCCUGCUGCAGAUAAAAAUGUGUUUGAUUACGAUUAUGAGGAAGUACAGUGUAGAGUUAUCCCCGAAGACGCGUUUACCAUUGAAAUUAACGGCUUCAUCUUUCCUGGACUCUCCGGAGGGCGGCCUGUGGGGUUUCUUCCGGCCGCUUUAAUUACGAACGACUUUUCUUUGAUUUCUCCUUGACGAAUUUUUGACGAUUUUUUUAUUUCGAUUUUUUCUCCAUUUGGAUUCUUGUAAUGUUAAUUUUUGCAAGAUUAAUGCUUUUAGUAAUAUUUUUGGGUUGAUUUCAAAUGAUACUUUAAUUAAUACGAGCUGUGUUUUAAAAGAUAUAAACGAAAAACGUUAAAUUUACUAGAAAAUUUGAAAGUUUCUAUUUAUUUGAAUUAUAAAUAUUAUGUGGCUUUUUUAUUUUUUAAUUAAGUAUAAAUUAGAUCUAUUGUUCUUAUUUUAAACGUUAUUCUUUUUUUAGCAAUUAUUCUGUGGUACGAAGGAAAAUUUUAGUUAAUGUUUUUGAAAUUAUUUUCCUUAUUUGGAUUGUACGUUCGGAUUAGAUAUCAUACAAAACGCUAAUGUUUGGGAACUGGUUGAAUGGAUGCAGUGGCAUAAUAAUAACUGAACUAUAUGUCCAGAUUAGAUAUUAUUUUAAUGAAAUACUGUUUUAAAUCUGUGCAGUGACGUAGUAGGAAAAGAAUACGUCCAAGAUAUUUCCUCCUCUCUCUCCGCUCCUUGUGCCUUUUUUACUAUAGUGUUGAUAGCAACCACCAAUAGAGUCAUUAUUAGAUAGCUUUUUCAAUUUAUUAAAAAUGUAUUCAUGUACUUGUUAUACAAGCAACAAAACAGACGAACACUUAUCGUUACUGUAGCAAAAAGAGGAGUUGAUAAAAGUUUGACAACUUUAAUUGCUCCUCUUUUAUCUUUCGCCCGAGCAGCCGACGUAAUUUAUGAUUUUCUUCGUCUUUUAUUACAAACAAAUCUUGAAUUCUAAAUAUUGUUUUUUAACGAGGAAGUAAUUUACUAUUAAAUUAGCGUCUUUAUUGAGACGGCGCCCGGAGCGGAUCCCCCUCCGUCUCCGCGCUUACUACGCCGUUGAAGCUAUGUACUACCGUAUUAGCAUACUUAACAGUUAUUGCGCACAACCGUGUUCAACAGGCUAUCAAUUACGUGUGGCCUCGGCAAUAUCGCGAUUGUAAAACAUGUAUAAAAAAAUGUUGCAUUAAUGCAUUAAUGAGAGCUUUUAUUUUAUUCUCAGUAAUCGUAGUACAUACAUUCGCGAUAAGAUAUUUUAGUCUAGAUUGCGAAAGAUGUUUUUGAGACUUUUUUUUCCCCCAGAAAAUUGCUACACAUUUUUCUACAAUUUACACAUCUACUUGUGUGUACAUAUUUAGCAAAUAUGUACAUAUUUUAAUAUGGCUAAAUAUUUGUUAGUUUUUACGCCAUAAAUUUAAAUUAAAAACUAUGACUGAAACUUCAACAAUCUUCAAACAAGCUUUAUCGCUGUUUAUCGCUGUUUGUCACUGUAUUUACAAAGAAAAAACCAAUUUACAACUAUCGUGAUAAUUAUAGUUAUUCUUAGACGAUAAUAAACAGUAUUUUAUACGUAGAUAAAAGUUGAAGUUGAUAGCUUCAGUAAUUUCUAAGAAAUAUAAGAUGUGUGAAAAUGUAGAAGAACAUAUGCAACAGUUUUUUGUUUUUAAAUUCUAAAAAACAAUUUUCAAACUUUUUUUGCUUAUCUUGAUAUUUUCGCGUUCUAGGCUAGAAUCUUAUCCUUUCGAAUAAGAAUAUAUAGCUUUAAGAAUAUUUUGUAAAACAGUAAUUGCGCUCAAAAUUUUAUUGUAAAGUAAGUCUUGCAUUAUAAUUAUGUGAUUUUAUUACCGUAAUUAAUAAGACUUAUACAAUAAUUAAAUUUCUGUGAAUUUAUCGUAGGAGAAAGGUAGAUUUUGUUUAUAAAUAAUAAAAAAUACAUUUUAUACAUUACAUACGGAGUUUAUUUAUCAAAUGUACUCUUACAUAUAUUGUGUACAUACAUCGUAUAGAAACACUUUAGUAUUUUUCUCACGAAAAAAACAAUUUGCGUAUUCUUAAACUGCGUUAUAAAACUAAGUUCUUAUUACGCGGAUGGAGUACAUUAAUCAUAUACGUACAUUAAUAUCUAUGAAAUAAGGCACUAUAUGGUGAAACCAAAGUAUAAAAUUAAUCUCGCAGACGAUAAUCCUUAGGCAAUGUGUGAAGGUUAAAAUUAAAUUAAUAAUCCGGAACGUAAUUUCUCUGCCGGAGUGAUGUCAGAGCUCAACGCGCGCAUCGUGUAUCGUGUAACGUAUGACACCUUUUAAAUCUUUAUCGUUCUCAUCG